UGUGCAGCGCAGUCCGCCAUCUUGGAGAGGCAGACACUUCCAGUACCAGGAUAGCCCGCAGAUCCCCUGAAAGAGCCGAAAUAAAGCUGAAAUACCCGCACAAUAACGCGCCAGAAUGGCCACCGCCCCUUACAACUACUCCUAUAUCUUCAAAUACAUCAUUAUUGGGGACAUGGGAGUAGGGAAAUCAUGUUUGCUUCAUCAGUUCACAGAAAAGAAAUUUAUGGCUGACUGCCCUCACACAAUCGGUGUGGAGUUCGGGACGAGGAUAAUCGAAGUCAGUGGUCAGAAGAUCAAGCUGCAGAUCUGGGACACGGCAGGACAGGAGCGAUUCAGAGCCGUCACACGGAGCUACUACAGGGGAGCUGCCGGCGCGCUAAUGGUUUACGACAUCACCAGGAGAAGCACGUACAACCAUCUCAGUAGCUGGCUGACAGACGCAAGAAACCUCACCAACCCCAAUACUGUGAUAAUUCUUAUAGGAAAUAAGGCAGAUCUGGAGGCUCAGAGAGACGUCACGUACGAGGAAGCCAAGCAGUUUGCAGAAGAGAAUGGUCUGUUAUUCCUCGAAGCAAGUGCGAAAACAGGCGAGAACGUUGAAGAUGCAUUCCUGGAGGCAGCGAAGAAGAUCUUCCAAAACAUUCAGGACGGCAGCCUGGACCUAAACGCAGCCGAGUCUGGGGUACAGCACAAGCCCUCUGCUCCCCAGGGAGGCCGGCUAACAAGCGAACCACAGCCCCAAAGGGAAGGGUGUGGCUGCUAGUGACAUCCGCAGUGGGGAAGACCCAGCCACGUUCACCUCACUUCUCCACAAGUGUGUGUGUGUGUGUGUGUGUGGGAGGAUGGAGGGGGGAGGCUGUUAACUCCUCCUACUUGCCUCCCUCUUUCGCUCUCCCUCUCCUACCUUACCUUGUCGUCGUCGUCGUCGUCCCCCCCCUCGCCACCAUACCAACCCCAUUUGAUAGUCUGUUAUGUCUGGGAUUUAAAAUUUAAAUAAAAAAAUGAUGUAUGGAAAAAAAAUAUUCAAGGUUAAAACUCACCACCGAGACGCCGGUACCAUGAAACCAAAAGAAUUAAGCAUCUCUUUCCAUGUAUUUAUUUUUUAAGUCAUUGGGUUACUCCAUAAAGUAUAAAUGACAUCAAACAGCAAUGUAGGUCCAGUGCAGCAGCAGCAGCCUCUCCUGCAUGGUAUUUACUUUUGUGUAGUAGUCCGAAAUGUCCUGAUCAAAUGGGUUUUUUUUUUAUGAAUGAUUCACGUUAUUGUGCACCUCCGUGACCUUUUUCUUUUUGAUUUUGCACCUUAAUGUCCUCGUGGUGGUUCCAGUUCAGUGAUUAAUGCAGUGGUUUGCCUAAACAAUGGUGGAUCCCUUCACCUCUUCUCUUGCCUAAGAGGUGGGGGCCAGGUUUUGUACCAAGUUUACUGUGUUACUGUACACAGUCUAACCAAGAGUACAAAGCAGGGAAUUGGCUCCAGCCUUUAGCCAGCUGCCCUGCUUAUUGUUUUGUUUUAUUCGUGUGUGUGACACGCGGCACACACGCAGGAGGAGUCCCGGGGGUAUUUAAUUCAGGGAAAGGAAGGGGACCCCAAUAUCGGGAUUCCAGGCAGACCCUACAUAUACAGAGUUACGUUCUGUAAUGCAUUAUUUAUCAGACAAAACAAAAAAAUCCAAAACUAUAGAGGGAGUAAAAAUAAUUAAAUAGGACAGUCAGAGCGGUUCUUGAAAGGGGAAGUGGAGAGUAGCCCGGGGUCUGCAGCGACCUGUCCAGACACGCACACAAUUUCAAGUUUGCAUCUUCAUUUAAAGCCCAGUGAUAUAUCUGAUUUUCUGUUUUUGUUGCUUUUAUUAUAUUUUUUUCCUCCCCUGCUAAUCCAUGCAUGUCCUUUGUUUAAAAAAAUAAAUAUAUAUAUAUAUAUAUAUAUAUAUAUAUAUAUAUAUAUAUAUAUAUAUAUAUAUAUAUAUAUAUAUAUAUUACCCUGCAUCUUAGUCCUAGAAAUAGCCCUGCAGGAUGCCAGAUUGAAAAGCUGGAAUAUGUGGUGUUGUGUUUGCUGUGGGGUUUAGAGGCAACGGGUUGAUGCAAACCAAGGGUUAGGGUUCAAACCACAAUCCCCCCCAGUCAGAUGAACAACCCCAUAGACAGACAACACCUUGGACAGGUUCGAGUGCACAUGCUGGAAGCACUUUCGAUUCACACGUGGAGUUGUUUUUGAUGCCUGUGUUUAUGCAGCACUGUUUGGGCUAGCCACCAAGAUGGAUCGCUGCUUGUCCUGUAUUUCCAGCUUGUAUUGCACUUAUUAGCGACCUCUGGUGGCUAGAUUUAGAAAUUACAGUUCAGUGAUGAUAAAGUCAAGAAAAUGAGGACAAGUAGUAUUCAUGUGCUCUCCAUUCCUGUAUACAGAUACAGCUAUUGGUUAUCUGUAUUCUGUUACCGAUCAGCUGUAACUAAAAUCACAGUUGUGUUGAUACUUUAGAAAAUACCCGUUAAAUUAAUGAUUUUUUUUUUUGUCCCAGUCUUAACCUGAAAAAGCAAAAAGGAAAAAAAACCAAACUUGUGUUUUUGUGUUUUUUUUCUUCUGCACUUUUCUUUCAACUGCAGCCCCAUUCCUGGCCUGUUUUAUGUAUUUCCACAUGUUUAGAAAAUGUGUAUACAUUAUGAAGGAGCUGUGCUGUAACAUAUAAAUGCAUAAUGUGUGUGUAUGAUUUUAACGAAGACAAAUUGAUUUUAAAAGAAAAACACAUGAUGCCACUUUCUUUGUACAGUAUGACCUCUCUUUAAAACUGUCAUGUUACCCCUUGUAGCACAGAAAUAGAUGUGAUCACAAAUAAUAAAAAGAAACGACAAACGAAACCCAACUUUUUACAACUGAAUUGAGAUUUACUUUGAACACUAGUUGCAUUUUCCUGUAUAAUGUGGCUGUUUCUGCUGUGUUCUAUCAUUGCACUGUGGUCUGAGCAGCUCUGCUGUGUGUAUUAAUCCCUGCUCUCGUGCAGUCGCUCGUGAGAACUUUGUUUUGGGUUUUGUGGCGGGCUGUAUUUUCUCACUUCACUGUUGUAUAAACGCCAAAGAGGCUUGACUAAAAUACUGGCCUGGAAUACCUUUGCACAGAAAACCUGCUUUUACUAUACGCUAGAAAUAUGUUAGGGUGAAUUAGAUUAUUUUAAAACUGAUUUAGUGAAUGAAUAAAUUAACACAUGUAUUCUAGUGGGUUGGGAGAGGAAGAUGGUGGUGGUGGUGGGAGACUGUACUAUGUUAACUGUGUAGAAUAUAACACUGCAAUGGUUUAUUAAGAUUUUUAAAGCGAGAGUGAUCAUGCUCAACAUGGGGCUUCUGAAGUUUUCAGGAGUUAUGAACCCUGCCUGGUCUUUUGGAGAAGGGGGUUGUGUUGUAUAUAUGGUACAUUCAUCCAGAGGCUGAGAUGGAACCAAUACUGAAAGGUUUAAGAAAGGAAGGUGGCUACAUUUCACCGCUGCUUUAAACUAUUGCAAGGUGCAACGUCAGGCUUUUUAUUAAACAUGCAGUUUAACCUACAAGGACUGGCAUUUUCAGAAAGCGUGUGCUGCAAAGAUUGAACCCGAAGGCUUGUUUGCUUUGAGGCAGCUUUGUUUGGUAGCAGCAGCAUUUCAAAGAUGUCGAUGGUUAGCAAAUUACAGAUUUUAAAAGGAUGUCGUGAAUUUCAAGAUGGUCUCAAAGGAUCGUAGGCUCAUGUGUUUAGUUGUUUGGUUACAUGCUUUGCACUCCUUGCUUUUAAGCCAGGGCACUUUUGGGCCUGCAUUUAGUGCACAAGUACAAUCUGCAAAGUGACCUCUCCAAAUGACAUAAUUAACUGUAUUCCUACCCAAGCGACCAUAACUAACUGUAUGUGCUUAGUGCUGCUGGAGGUUGGUUUCUGAGUCGCUUGGAGACAAUUACUGGGCGGGUCUGUUUUGGAUAAUUUUUAUUUUCUUGAUGGGUGCCCUUUUGUUCGUGGUAGCUGCUUUCUGUGCUGCCAGUCACAGACUGUGCUCUGCAAAUGGUUCUAUUUUUUUAUUUUAUUUGGGGUGGGCAGUUUGUGCUGUCCUUGACAGGCUGAAUGGAGAUAGUCACUCUCUCAAGCGCUGUGUUAAAUCUGUGCCAUUUCUCAUGAUGCACCAGCUUUUAAUGUGCAGCCUGCUCUGUACGUGUAUAGAUUAACUUCCCAGCUACUGAAUCUGACGAGACCGCCAUAAUACCAAACAGGGAGGAUGCUGGGUUGUGCUUCGAAGAAAAUAAUAUGACAGCGUUUUAAAUUUAAAAAAAGAAGUCCCCCCCCCACUGGAGCUAGACAGAUUAAAUAAAAAUAGUAUGUAUGUAUGCUUGAAUGGCUGUUUAAUUAAUUCAUUAAUCAGUCAUUCAUUUUUUUGUGUGCCCUCUCCUCCCCUCCUCUAUGUAGUUAGUUAAGAAAUUUGGUGUCUGCGUUGAGGGUGGAAAGAUCACAUCACAACAUGCGAGGAGGAGUAAGAGGUUAAUGUGACAUAGCAGAGGUCUUGGAGGGUGCUGUCCUUUUUUUCAGAUUUAUUUUUUAAUGAGUGCAAUUAUUAAUAAGCAUUAAGUCUUGGUACUAAUUUUUUCUCAGCUGUGUAGAAUGUGUAUUUGCUUCUCUGAAUUGGAAUCCGUUUUCACAUACUGUGUUUUCAAAUGAAGUGUCACCUUUUUCUUUAUCAUGGCUUUAGUAAACGCAGUGCUUGGUUUAAAAGGGGAGCCUUGCUUUUGCUCUUAAAUCUGGGCACACUGCUGCUUGGCCCUGUAGAAAUUAGUAAAAGCAUGGGAGCUUGCGCUUAAAAUAACAAAAGGCCUAAAAAGAACCACACAGAUCAUUUUGACACUAAGCUAAGCGAAAGCAUUUUUGUUUAGUGUGGUACCAGGACACAGCAUGUUAUGUAAAGGCCAGAACUGGACUCUGUAGUUCAUUAGGAACUUUCCCUCCCCUCUGUUUUGUUCUUAGUAUUGUCUAGUCAAAGAAUGUGCCCUUUUAUUUAAGUAGAUCUAAGUACGGUUAAACCAAACUUAAUUACAGCUCUUGUAUUGGGAGCAUAUAUAAAAUAUAUAUUAAAGUAUCACU